AGAAUCACUAAACCCUCGUUUCGGUUAUUCAUUGCGGAAAUCAUUUCAAAUUGUAUUUCUCUAGUUUUUAUUACCUCCAUCAAUGGAAAGUACGAGCAUUCGUUUAGGUAAUCUCUUGCAGUUUUGCAUAGACAAGAAAACCCACAAGGCUGGAAAACUAAUUCAUGCCUAUAUAUUGCGCAAUGGAAUGAUCUUCAAUACUUUUCUCUCUAAUAGACUCAUUGAAUUGUAUUCGAAAUGCAGUAAUAUGGCUUAUGCUCACCAAAUGUUCGAUAAAAUUCCUAACAAAGAUGUGUUUUCUUGGAAUGCCAUUUUGGGUGCUCAUUGCAAAGCUGGAAAUAUGCAAGAAGCUCAUGCGUUGUUUGUGAGAAUGCCCGAGAGGAAUGUAGUUUCCUGGAAUAGUGUUAUUAGUGCUUUGGUCCGUAAUGGGUUGGAACAAAGAGCAUUGGAUGUUUAUGAUACCAUGAUUUUGGAAGGAUUUGUGCCUACCCGUUUCACAUUGGCAAGUGUUUUCAGUGCAUAUGGAGGAUUGUUAGAUGUUAAGCAUGGUCAAAGAUGUCAUGGCCUUGUUAUUAAGAUUGGUCUUGAGACCAAUGUGUAUGUGAGCAAUGCUUUGCUUUCCAUGUAUGCCAAGUGUGGGCUUAUCAGGGAUGCAGUUCAAGUUUUCGAUGACAUGAUUGAGCCUAAUGAGGUCACUUUUACAGCUUUGAUGAGUGGGUUAGCGCAGACAGAUCGAGUCUUGGAGGCACUGCAGUUGUUUAGACUGAUGUUAAGAAAAGGUAUCAAUUUAGAUUCCGUCUCUUUGUCAAGCAUGAUGGGUUUAUGUGCUAGAGGAGGAUUCAAAGAAUUUGAUAACUUUAAUCCGGAUGAUGGUUUAUGUAGUAUGAGUGGGAAACAAGUUCAUUGUCUAACUCUUAAACUUGGAUUUGAUGAGGAUCUUCAUUUGAAUAAUUCAUUGCUUGAUAUGUACACAAAGAAUGGAGAUAUGAGUGCCGCCGAGAAGGUUUUUGAUAGCUUGCCAGAAGUCAAUGUUGUUUCUUGGAAUGUUAUGAUAUCUGGCUAUGGCCAAAAUUUUCAAACUGGGAAAGCAAUAGAAUGCCUCCAAAGAAUGUGCCAGUUAGGUUUUGAACCAGAUGAGGUCACAUAUAUCAACAUGCUUGCUGCAUGUGUUAAGUCUGGAGAUGUAGAAACUGGGCGCCAAAUGUUUGAUAGUAUGUCAUUCCCUAGUGUGAUUUCAUGGAAUGCUAUGCUGUCUGGCUAUUUUCAAAAUGGUAACCACAAAGAGACAGUAAAGCUUUUUAGAGAAAUGCAGUUUCAAAAUGUGCAGCUGGAUAGAACAACUCUAGCCAUUACCUUAAGCUCAUGUGCAGGAAUGGGAUAUCUGGAAGGUGGAAAGCAAAUCCAUGUUGCUUCACUUAAGGCUGCAUUUCAUACUGACAUAUAUGUUGCAAGUGGACUUAUUGGUUUGUAUUCAAAGUGCGGGAAGACAGGAUUGGCAAAAAAUAUAUUCUAUAAAAUGCCCGUAUUGGAUAUUGUUUGUUGGAAUUCUAUGAUAGCAGGUUUUUCAUUAAAUUCUCUAGAUAAGGAAGCUUUCACAUAUUUUAGGCAGAUGAGGCAAGAUGAGAUGUUUCCUACCCAAUUUUCUUAUGCUACUGUGCUAAGUUGUUGUGCAAAGCUUUCUUCUCCAUUUCAAGGAAAACAAGUUCAUGCACUCAUUACAAAAGAUGGAUACAUAAAUGAUGUCUUUGUAGGGAGUUCUCUCAUUGAUAUGUACUGCAAAUGUGGUGACGUAGAUGGGGGUCAGCAACUCUUCAAUAUAAUGGCUACUAAAAAUACUGUUACUUGGAAUGAAAUGAUACAUGGGUAUGCACAAAAUGGUUAUGGAGAUGAGGCUGUUACUCUUUACAAGCAAAUGAUUACAUCAGGUGAGAGACCUGAUGGCAUAACCUUUAUUGCUGUUUUAACUGCUUGUAGCCAUUCAGGAUUGACUGAUGUAGGAAUUGAAAUAUUCAAUUCAAUGGAGCAAGAACACGGAGUGGAACCAAUUUUGGAUCAUUAUACUUGCAUAAUUGAUUCGUUGGGCCGUGCGGGUCGGUUUGAGGAAGUUGAAGAACUAAUAGACAGGAUGCCAUAUAAAGAUGAUACAGUCAUAUGGGAGGUUUUGCUUAGUUCAUGUAGGUAUCAUACUAACGUAACUUUAGCAAAAAAAGCAGCAUAUGAGCUUUUCCGCUUAGACCCGCAUAACGCUACCCCAUAUGUGCUUUUAGGCAAUAUCUAUUCUUCUUUAGGAAGAUGGGAUGAUGCUAGGGCUGUGAGGGAUCUGAUGAGUGAUAAUCAGGUUAUGAAGAAUCCAGGUUAUAGCUGGAUCGAAUAUAAAAGUCAAGAUGCUUGCACUCUUGGUGGAUGAUUAUAUUUUGAUAGUUGACAGUGAAGCUAUAGUUUGAUGCACAGAAAAAUCCUUCUGUGUUUGACUGUUUGUUACUAUUCAGAUUGGUGUAAUCCGGAACUGUUGAGAUGAUGUUAUCUUCCUCAUGGAUCCUUUAGACAUUUGAGGAGAUAUUUUUUAAGCGUCAAGCAUCAAUUGGAAGAUUUGGGCCACCUCAUAAGAGCGUAAAAAGGCCAAAGCUGUUCUGGGUCUCAGCUGGGGGCUCAACAUUUUGGCAUCAGUGUGAUUGGAAAGUUACAAGAGGGAUUAAACCCACCUUCAUGGAACAUGUCGGUUUUCCUUGGUACCCUUCUUCGACUUGUGAUCAAGACUGGCAUUUUUAUUUCUCUCACUGAGAAAAAAGUGAAUUGAAAACUUACCCUUUAUGUUUUCCUUGGCGGCGAAUCACAUAGUACUGAUUGGAAGAGAGGGGUUGAUCUAGCACUGGAACAAAAACAACAUCAUCGUAAUAGGUG